ACGUGACCUCCGCCCUGCCCACCAGGCGGACUCGCGGGCGGUGCAGCUGCAGCGAUUGCAAAGUGGGCCUGCGAGGCAGACAUGGCUACGACUCUGCAGCGCAUCGAGAGGCUGUCCAGUCGGGUGGUGCGCGUGUUGGGCUGUAACCCGGGUCCCAUGACCCUGCAAGGCACCAACACUUACCUGGUGGGGACCGGCGGCAGGCGAAUUCUCAUUGACACUGGAGAACCAUCAAUUCCAGAAUAUAUAAGCUGCUUAAAGCAAGCUUUGGCUGAAUUUGACACAGCAAUCCAAGAAAUCCUAGUGACCCACUGGCAUCAUGAUCAUUCUGGAGGCAUAGUGGAUAUUUGUAAAAACAUUGGUAAUGACACUGCUUACUGCAUUAAAAAACUCCCACGGAAUCCUCAGAAAGAAGAAAUUAUAGGAAAUGGAGAACAGCAAUAUGUUUAUAUAGAAAAUGGAGACUUGAUUAAGACUGAGGGAGCCACACUAAGAGUUAUAUACACACCUGGCCACACUGAUGAUCACAUGGCUUUGUUCCUAGAAGAGGAAAAUGCCAUCUUUUCUGGGGAUUGUAUCCUAGGAGAAGGAACAACUGUAUUUGAAGACCUCGACAUGGCCCAGUAAUCCAUAAUGCUGAAGCUAAAAUUUUGGAAUACAUUUCUCACAGAAAUAACCGAGAAGAACAAAUUCUUUCAGUGAUUCGUGAUAACUUUGAAAAAUCACUUACAGUAACGGAGCUCGUAAAAAUGAUUUACAAGAAUGUUCCUGAGAAUUUACUUAAAAUGGCAGAACGUAAUCUCUUGCUUCAUUUGAAAAAACUAGAAAAAGAAGGAAAAAUAUUUUGCACCAACAAUCCUGAAAAGAAAUGGAAAUGUACACUUUAGUUUCAGAUGAAUGAAGUUUUCUUUUGCUUUGUUUAUACAGGAUGGUAUGUUUUCUUAAUUUUGGAUUAUUACUGCGAAUAUAGAAUGUAGGACUGUGAAAAUAAUCCUAUACACUAAAAUAUGUAAAUUACAUUGUACAUGUAUAGCACAGGUUAUUGAUCUAUCUUUUACCAAAUAUUCAGAAUCUAGCACUUUGUCCAUUUUCUAUGAAUUAAGUAAAAUGGUUACUUUAAGAGUAAUAAAAUUUGCACAAUUCAAACCAGAUAUUACUCUUAGAGUUUGACUAUCUGUUAGCAUUUGUCAAUAAUGUUUGGUCUACCUGCUUCAGCCAACAGCACAGAUUUCCACAUACUCCUUCAUUUUCUUCCACCUUUGUAUCUUACACCUACCAGAUUUAUUGUCUUGUUUCUGUCAAUUUUAUCUUUUAGGUACUGGGUCAUUCUAUAGCUCUGUAUUCUGUUUAUUUUCUUAUAAUGGUAGCCCACAAAUGGUUCAUGUAAGUCAAUUUUAGCCCAUUGAAAAAUAUAAAAUUUAUCGACUUGAAAUGCUA